AUGGAUUCAAGUCGCGAGGAAAAGGUAACUCUCGAUCUAGAAAGACGAAAGACGCAAUCAUUCAAGGAAAAAAUGAGAAAGCUUGCCGAAUGCGAGAAGAUAGUUUCGGCCGAUACUAUCAAUGCUAUCGGAGAAAUUACGAAAGAUGUUGAAAUGACUGAGAAUAACGUGCCAAGCAGCGAUGAGUUUGAUGAAGAAUUGGAAGAAGAAUAUCGUAACCUGAACGAUAUUUUCGAUUUACCACACGACUCUUAUUCCCUUACUAAAAUUAAAACGGAGUUACCUCUUUGUAUCAAAUAUGGCAUUCGUUCUGGUGUAACUCAUCUAAAUAUGCUAAAAUUUUCACCAUUCUCCAGAGGUUAUCAGGGUGGCGCUAUAGCGAUUGCAGCUUUUGCCACAAGCGCAAUUCAUAAAUCACGCUAUUGGAACGAGGCAAUAAUCGACCAGAUUGUCGAAGACGGUGAUACUUUUUAUUGCGAGUCCUACAAGAGUGUGAACACUGGCGAUCGUCGGACAAUGACUAUCCUCGACUUGAAGAGGAAUCUUCUCAUUCAGAAAAAGAUCAACAUAACAUUCAAGAUCGAAGAUCCGGCGUAUGUCGGGAGAUUUCGUUCACACGAUCCAACGGAGCUUCAUUUGGCGAAGGCAUUAGAGUUGUUUUUUAAGCGAUACGAUGCCGGGAUCCUGACGUCGCCGGUAUUGAAUAUAGCUAUAUGGCGAGACUCGAAAUAUUAUAAUAUAUUUGACGGUCAAGCGCGACGAGAUAAUGGUGAACCGGUUACUGAUGAAAUCAACGGUUCAGCCAAAUUGUUUCUCGUGAAGGAUGUAAUGGGAGUAUUAUUCAUUAUCCUCGAAAAGAGCAACGUACGAAACGAACCUUUUGUGAUAUACGCCGUAACUCUCUGCGCAAUCGAAUCGAUCUUUCCGGAUGAUCCUGCGGAAGUCGAAAAGUUAUAUGGGAAGCUGCAGAGGAGACCGAGCGGCUACAAAAUUCGUCAGAAACAUCGAGCCGUAGUACAAGGAUCCUAUCAUCUCACGCAUCCAGCCAUAUCGAGAGCUUUGCGAGAUAAAGGACAUCUGAUUAUAGCCGUGGCAGCGCUGAUAUACUCGCGGCUAGUUAGCGCAAACAAGUGGACGACCGCUUUAGUCGAUCUAAUCAUCAAUCAAUCUAACAUCUAUCUAAUUGACUUAGUAAGAAUUCUUGAGAAAAAGCUCGACGACGACUUUCAACUCCGGCUGGAAGACCUGAUGAGCGAUGUUAUUCUUGGAGUAUACUCUGCCAAGAUAAAGAUAGACGCAAAUGUGAUACCGGGAGGAAAAAACAAGAACACUAUUGAUAGCGGUAUACGCGAGUUUUUCGAGACACGGGAGAUCGGGAUACUCGAAAUCAAGAAAAUCUUCUACGCAGUCUGGAAGGAUGGCGAUGCGUAUUAUUUCCUCGAUCCGUUUGCAUGCGAUGACGAAGGUUUCAGGAUCUAUCACAACAAUAGCAAAGGACACACGACGAGUGAUACAUUCGGAGGCGCUGCCUGUGUUACCAUGAAUAGUACCGUAAAUGAAGUAGUGGAAACAGUGCUGGAGAAUACUAGUAGUAAGAACAAGGAUCCUUUUCUGAUACAUGGAAUAACAGUGCUGUAUGUGAAGACUGGAGUAGCGCCGGACGGACCAUUCGAAAGAGUAAUUUAUCGAGAGAGAGGAACUAAUCGCAGACCGCGGGUCCCGUCGCCACCGGCACCGACAAUGGAAAAAAUAAUCGACACAACACCGCGUGUACGACCACAUUUGCAUGAAUCCAUUGAAAUAUCUAAUCAAUUCCCAGAAAAUAUGCAACAUGUGGACCGAUAUAGAAUGGCGGACGAUGAACCAAUGACUUUCAUACUCGCACAAGAGGAAAAAAAGAAAGUACAUAAAGAAGAACAGAAUGUAGAAGAGGAGGAAGAAGAGGAUAUAGAAGAAGCAAAGGAAGAAGAAGACGACAAGGAGAUGCAAAAAAUACGCGUAAAAGAGGAAGAAGAUGACGAAGGAGAAACAGCCGAGGAAAUACGAAAAGAACCCUUAUUAAAAUUUAUUAUGGGAUAUAAAAUGAUAAAUGUUCACCGUCUGCUACUUAGUGGUACCAAAAAUUGUCUGAGUGAAAACUUUCGUCUGCAAUCACGUGGCAGGCAAGGAUUAAUAGCUGCUUUAACUGCUUUGGCGUACAGAAGAUUGAAAGAUCCGACUCGCUGGCGAAAUAUAGACGUGGAUCAAAUCGUUGACAUCAGCAACAAAGCUUAUGAGCAAAUCAUAACAUGGAUCGAACAAGGCCGACCAGAGAUAAAAGAAGCGGUAGCGGUGAAAGAAGAGUUGGAAGAAGAGGAAGAAGAAGAGGAAGAAGAGGAAAUCGAAGAAGAGGAAGAAGAGGAGGAGGAGGAGGAGGAGGAAGAGGAAAAAGUAAUUCGGAAAGUAGCACGUGCUCCGAGUCAUUUAGACAUCUCUUUCUUGCCGCCUAGAUUAAAACUAGCCGAGUACGAUGCUAUUUUCAAGACAAAGACAAAUGUUAUCGACGGCGACGCGAAUCCGUUGGCAAAUCUCGCGGAGGCUCUCGAGCGUUAUUUCGAACGAUACCCUGAAGCGGUGUUGGAAAACAAGAGAUUAAUGUACGCCAUUUGGAAAGAGGAUGAAAAAUUCUUUCUAUUUAAUCCUUACGGCAGCGAUUCAGAAGGAUGGCGUCUUCGAGAUCAUCCAGCCUCCUUUGUUGUAACGGAUAGUCUCAACGAACUGAUCGAUCUUCUUCAUGGUAUUUUGGAAUACAACGAUCCAUUAUUCUCGCUUCAUUUCGUGGCUCUAGACGCGAUACAACCGGGAAAAUAUAGGUCACCCGUGGAAAUCAUGAUACCAGACGAACAGAUCGAUAAGUUUCGUACAAAAUUUCUACCGAUCACAGAUGAUGAUUUAUUAAAGCUUGAAGAGAAACCAGAUAUUACUACCAUAGAAGCAUUAGAGAAACUUGUAGCCGAUGAAGAAGAAGAAGAAGAAGAGGAAAUGGAGGAAGAGGAAGAAGAGGUGGAGGAAGAGGAAGAAGAGGAAGAAGAGGAAGAAGAUGAAAUAGCAAGGGAAAAAUUGGAAGCGCCAGAGAAACCUCUUGUAGAUCCCUUGCUGGAAGUCGAGGAAUUGACGCAGCCUGAUGCACCUUACCGUCUAAAUCUAGCACUUCUGACUUCCACAGUAAAAAUACAAGAACCGAUCGAAGAAGAGCUCAACCUACACGAAGAAGUGGUCAUGGAGAAAAUGAAAUACGAUCAUCCGCCGCCGUACGUGAUGCCACCGCGAAAGACACUUUAUACUUUGCUGGAAGCGAAACGAGCGAAUAGAUCGAUUCCUUCUCUCGUAUCGAGAUUCUCGAUUGAUUCGAGACUAGAGGUCAAGAAAAAGGAUGAUUUUCCCACAAAUUACGUUGCACCUGCAUCAGCCGCGAUCGUAUCACUGCCUCGAGACGCGAAACUCUCUAAAAUCAUCAAGCUAUCUUCCGGAAAAUACUUAUACUCGAGAUUACCACCAAUUUGUAUAAUGCCUCUUAGAGCGAUUGACGAGAGUUAUAUCCAGAAGGAAGCUGUCGAUAAUGCACUUGAUGAAAAAUGUCUUGAACAAGAGAAGUUAGAAGACAAAAAGGAAGACAUAUCAUUAGCAAAAUUAACGACAAUAAUUUGUGAUACGAGAUCAGAACUGAUACCGCUCGGACCGAUAAUUAAAACUCCAGUUUUAACAACAAAGUACUUGACAUGUUCCGAUGAGCAGCAGCAGAAGAGCACAUCGAAGACUGAAAAUGAAAUUAUCAAGAGAAAUCUCUGCAAUGCGGAAAAGCUUCUAUUCAAAUUGAUAUUUCCUAAUUUUAAUCCUGAUUUUCAGUUAUCAGAAGAGAAAGAUAAUAGUAAAAAAGUGGACGACAUAAGAAAGACUACAAUUAGGGUAAAAGAUGAGAAAAUAGACCGUUCUGAAGCUAUCGGUUUUAAAGUGGUGGAAGAUGAAAACGUGGAGAUAAUACAAGGCAAUUCGAGUUUAAUGGAUCGUGGACGAGUUGAAUUUUCGCAUUUCAAACCAUGUUACAUCGCGGCUGUAUUGUGCAUUUUAGCGAAAAUUGUGCUAGACGUGGAUCGGUUUUGUGGAAACAUUUUAGAUGAAUUGAUCCUCCUUACAUGUAAAAUCGAUCAACAUGUAGGUAAAUUACGAUACAAGGAAUUCAGGACGUUUUAUAACGUGAACAUUCUUGACGCGAAUUUUAACGUCAUUCUAAAAGAGAUCAUUCGCGUUGAUCCUAAAAAUUCAAUAUCCAACGAGCUUGAUGCGAGCAUAGAGAAAUUCUUAAAGAAAGAUCAAACCGGCAUAUUGGUGUUGACAAAUUGUGCCUACGCAUUUUGGACAACGGAUGAUAGAUAUUAUCUCUUCGAUCCUUAUUCUUGUGACGAGAAAGGACACGUCAGCGAGGAAGGUUACUGCUGCCUUCUAAAGUUCCGGGAUUUAAAAUCCAUGCUUGACAGAAUUAAAGAAAAUGCCGGCGAGACUGAAAAAAAACCUUUCCAUCUUUAUACCGUAUCCAUUGCUCACAUGGAGAUGAAGAGACGCAAGCGGAAACGAAAAAAAGGCAUCGAACGUCGCGCAAAACCAACUGUCCAAGAAUCGAUCAAAAGCGAGGAAAAGCGAGUUGCGAUGACACCGCCAACCGUAUCGGAGACAUCUUUGAUCGAAUUAGCAGAGUGGGUUACUUCGGAUCCAGAACUAGAUCCAGAUCGUGACGUCAUAAUUCCCGGUUUCACGCCAAUGCGAUAUCAUGAAGCUUCGAUGCUUGAAGCAAUCGUUCUGGAAGACGACAUUACAACGCCCGCUCUAAUGCCGUUCAAAAUAAGGCCGUCGAAAACACUAGAUAACGAUCGCGAGGAAACGACGGUAGAACGAAUGGAACCAUUCAAAAGGAUAUUUCGAAAUUACACGUCCCUCGCAAUUCCCAUGGAUCUCUGUAUCAUGGCAUGGUCGUUGAUCCACGAUCCCGCAUCCUGGUCGGAGCGUACAGUCGAUGGUUUGCUCGAGGCUAGCAGGAAUUAUGCUCUCGACAGCGUGUUAGCGAGCGAAGAUACGUCCGUGAGCGACAUGACUGAUGGCUUGUUGCCGGAAUUUGAGAUAGCAAAUUAUGCGUUUCACGUGGUAUUUGCGCCUUUGCACUACGGGAGGUUGUACGCAACGGAGGGAUGGAAUUUGGCGAUGACCAUGGAGAAGAUAUUUGAGACAAGGAUCUAUACCGGCGCAAUAAUCGUCUGUCGCUAUGCUCAUGUGGGCAUCACGAAAUGCGGCAGAAAUUAUUUAGCCUGGUGGACAGUCACGGGAACGAAAUGUUUGAGGAUGAUCGUAUCCAGCAGCAUAAGCGAAUUUCUUAAGUUGAUUGUCAAGGUUAUUGAUGAGCCGCUGGAGACGGGAUUUGCCGUCAGAACAAUCACAAUAUCUUAUGCACGCAAAAUGGCACCAGAUUGCAGCGACAUUCGCGGUCUUCACGAGCCGAUGGCACCAACAGCAUCCUUGGCGGAAAUUCAUCGAAAAAAAUCGCCGGAAUCUCGGGAUCUUGAAGCGAUCUUCAGGCCAAUAGGCCCGGCUCCGAAACCAAUCUUCGUACUUGGAACAGUGGCUUUGCGUGAUCGAAAUAGCUUGCUAGAGCCACGAAUAAAACGUUGUUAUUUCGUCGCAUUGUUAGCUGUCACGAUUAAGCGAGAUAUCGUUCAAUCUCCGCUUUCGGGCAUGAUCGAUAGGGUUCUCGAAGUGGCGGAGAGUUUGUACAGAGGAUUCGCUGAACCAAAAUUUCACACGGAACAUAUAUUGAGAAAUGUCCCGCUGAUGAACAGACUGUUUGACUUUCGAGAUUGUGCGUCGUCGUUGAUCACGUUGAUGACGAAUUCUCGGACCGGCAAAAACAAUUUUUACAUUCAAGUGAAAAAACAUUUAAAACGUCACUUCAAAAUGCACACAAGCGGCAUAUUACAUUUCACUAACUGCUGCUAUGGCUUUUGGUACUCAAGAUCGACCAGAUGCUAUUAUUACCUCGAUCCGUAUCAGUGCGAUAUGGGAGGCAAAAAAGUUUUUGCAAACGGUAACGCCUGUCUGUGUAUCUUCUCCUCCGUGUGUCAAAUGACGAAACAUAUGUGUCUCAAUCAGUACGAAGGCACAACCGGAUUCUAUCUUCAUAGAAUUCAUGUGAGUUCCAUCGACAUGUCGCCAUACGAGAAAUUCCAGGAAGAUCCUAUGUGGAUUUAUCUCGAUUAUCACUGGAAUUUCACGCAUUCAAUUACGCGAAGGCGUAGGAAAGCGAAAGACGGCGAUGGAGUUCGAUCGGAGUUCGAUCAGCGGUUUUGGAAUAAUUACGCAAUCGAGAUUACCGACCUAAUUUAUUCCAUUUGGGGCACGAUCGGCGCGUACGACUGCCGUUUUGGCGAACGGGCAGGAAAAAAUCGCGCCGCCAUAUGCGUGGCCAUUCUGGUCAUGCAACAUCUUUGUCAUCCUUCUAGAUGGAACACCGCCAUUCUGGACUCGGCCGUAAUUUGCGGCGAUUCUUACUAUACAGAAAGCCUGAAAAGCGCGGCGCAAACAUUCUCGAAGCCCAUAAACAGGUUUGGUCUGCGAACUACCCUCAGGGUAUAUCCGCACUUAUGGACCGUGGAUUUCGGCACAAGCGUGUGUGGCAUUUUAUACGGCGAUCGAAACCGAUUGACAUUAACCGGUGCGUUAAAGUCAGCCUUGGAGGAAGCACGCAAUGUCAUCAUUGAAUGUAACGAGAUCACCCUGGCCUUGCUAGCCGCCAAGGACGCUUAUUACAUUGCCGAUCCUUGUUGGAUCGGACCUCCGUUAUUCGCGAGGGAUCGCAAUGCGAUCUACGUUUUACGCUGCAAGAAUAUGAACAUAUUGACAUAUGUGAUAACGAAAAUGUUCAAUACCAAUCAGCGACUCGGUGUUCGAGUCACGCCAUUGAGGCUCGCGUUCGAUCGAGAAGACUUUGACGCAGAUCCCGGACUCUACACUGCUAGAAGGUUUCUGUCGAGAUCGCUACGAAAGAGUCCAGGAAAAAUCGACGAUUCUGGUACGCCUAUUCCCGGAGCGGUUACGGUACCAGAUGUAGAUUCUUACCUGCGAUAUCAACGGGAUCUCGCCGAUGGUGUAGUCGGAGGUUUCCAACCGGAAGAUUCCCAGCUGCGAAAUCAUAUGGAGUUUGCGUUGAAACCUGAAAACGUAAACAACACGUUCGUGAGCACCAAGUGGCGUUUGAAUCUCGGCCAAGCGUGUCCUCCGAAACGAACCAAGCCACCUGUGGAUCCUACCGGGAUGAAACGGGAGUCGGCGGACUGCAUUGAUUCCGCGACUGAGCUAUUUCAGUCGCGUCGUUCGCGAAUUUCUAUCACGGAUUUAAUCACCGCGUGCGAUAAUUAUCCGAGACCGAUGGAUUUCAUUAGCGAUGCUCCUCCACCUGGAAUAGAAUCGCUCGAAUGCGCCAGCGAGCGUGAUUUCAUCCGUGAACAAAGCCACAUGGAUUUCAACGAACGCGUUGCAGAAAUGUCUCGGAACAUCCACAAGAAUUAUCGCCAUCGUUUACCGAAAAAUAAAAGAUUUGCUCAUUCUUCAAUCGAUGCUGAUCAAGUAAAAGGCAAAGCUGAGGAUAUUCCAGAAACAAAUAGUGAAUUAAGCGAAACCACAACCGAUAUUACGGAAAUUAUUGAACGUUGGAUGUAA